AUGGAUCCUCCAGUAGCCAGCAUAAACACAGAAAGAUUUACGACGUACUGGGAAGUAAUUCAAGGAGAGGCGAACAAACUGGCAAGUGGAGUGAAAUGCAGUGGCAUGAAGAUAUACUCGUCUAUAUACCACAUUGUGUGUGGCGGGGACGUAUCAUACGCCGUGCGCCUUCACUGGUGCAUCGGAAAGUUCUUCUUUGCAUUCUGUGUCAAGCUAAGAGAAAAAAUACAGGGAGAAGAUUGGGUGAAAGAGUACGCCGCUGCAUUCAAUAUAUACGAAAACACCGUAGAAACAAUAGAUCUUCUAUCUCUCCACUUAAAUGAAGCUAUUCUGGAAAACAAAGAGUGCAAAAAUGUGAAAGACCUUGGGUAUAUUAUCUGGGAAAGGUGCAUUCUUAGACAGAGGUAUGAAGGAAACCUCCCCGCUUUAUCUGAGUCGCUUCCAAAAAGAAGAAAGUACGCCGAGGUGUGCCUUAGAUCUCUUAGUAAAAUUAUUACCAACUCCGAGAACCGAUUUGAGUACUACAAGAACAACUAUGAGGCAGGGCUUUUUUCCCUUAUCAUAGAAGAGUUUAAGUACGCAGUCAACAUUCAAGGUGAGAUAAAACUAGCCAGCUAUCUUUUAAAGUGCAGCAAUUGCAUUAAAGACAGCAUAAAGACAUACACACCGCUUUUACUUCCUAUUUCUUUACCUGCAUUAGAAGAAGCAUUGGAAAAGGUUAUUUUCUCAAAGCAUCCACACGCUGUAAAAGAGGAGAUGCUACGAAUUCUUAUGAAAAAAGACAAACAGGAGAUAAAAGACCUAUGCCUGUCUGCGCGCCUAUUAAGUAAAAAGGUUUUCCCUGCAUUUCUUGAGUGUAUAAAAGAGUUUAUCAAUAAUACGUGGACCACUGAAAAAACAUGCCAGGCUGCAAUAGCCACAUACAUUGAGCUGUCUGACCUUUUAAUGCCGGAUAAGUGUGCAAAAACACUGUGUGUGCUUAAAAAGGUUCUUUCUACAAAAAUAUCUCUGGCAGGAAUAGGCAAAGAGAUGGGAGACUAUCUUGAGUCUCUUAUCAAUGAAAAAAACGUGGACAAGAUCAAGCAGAUGAAUAUUCUUUUAGACUCCUUGCCCAUAAAAGAAGAAAAACAGGUUUUCUAUAACAUGUAUACAUCCAAGCUAGCAGAAAGGCUUUACUCCCUUAAGUUUGAUCCUGCUGUUGAAAAAGAAACCAUAGUCAAUUUAAAUCUACCGUGGCUGCUUAAAAAGAAAGUUAACAAAAUAUUUGAUGAUAUGGUGCAGAGCACUAAUGAGAAUGAACUAUUUAAGCAGGCAUAUGGUGCAGAGCACUUUAGAUACCUUACUUCAAAUAGCAACGAAAUAUUCUUUUACGGAAUUAUUACGACUGCCUGUGUAUGGCCUAUUUCUGAAGAAGCAAUUCAGACAACACGCUUUCCUGCUGAGAUAGACAGCAUUCUCACUGCAUUUUCUGGCCAGUAUCUUGCAAAGCACGCUAGAAGAAGACUUGCUUGGGCCGAUGCCUUAUCUAUAAUUGAAGUUGAGAUUACGACAGAUAAAGUAUAUAACGUGUCGAUGAGUCUUACACACUAUUCUGUUUUAGAUAUAGUUGAGAAGAGUCCUGGCAUGCUUGACCAUAUCUCAAAAGAGGCAGGCCUGUCCACAAAAGCUACUGCAAAUCUAAUCGAGCCUUUUGUUCGGCUUUCAAUUAUACAGUGCACUAACGAAAUUUACAGCAUUAAUAGCAAGUUUACCUCUGCAACAGAGAAUAUAACAAUACAAGCAGCAGAAAGCACGCUUAAAAGAAUAGGAAAUAGAAAGUCAUACUAUCAGGCAUGGAUCUCGCGAAAGCUAAAGCAAAUGGGAGAGUGCCCGCUUAAUGCUCUUUCAGACACACUGCAGAAAACACAUACCAGCAUUUUUGAAUGGAAUGUGCAGGAGUAUAGCGAAGCCCUUAGAAGCCUGAAUGACCGAGGAUUAGUUGAAAUUGCAGACACCACAAUAAAAUACCUCCCAUAGACAGUUGAUAUCUAAUGUGGCAUGUAUGCAUAGGGAAAUUCUCGUUUUUGCUAAAUUUCUGAUCUUUACACACUGUACUAACCCGAAAUUAAAAUAAAUCAAAUAACUA